AUGGUUCCAGUACACAUUGAAAGAGACCAUUUGAUUGUAUCACCUGGUGAGAACAAUAGGAAAAUUGUAACAUCCAUGAAGCAAGGUCAAGUAUCUGGGCUUCAAGAGUUUGUGAACCUGACAUGUGCUUUGGAGGAAACUGAUCAAAGAGAGUGGCUUCCACUGCCUGAGGUUGCAGCUCGACCAAUUCCACAAAUACUUGAAAUCACUUUAGAUGCAUCUUAUAAAUCAACAUGGGAAUACAAAACAUGCAAUGGAAAAAUAGCAUUAACUUUGGCAGCAAAAACUAGCUGUGUGAAAAAUGUGCAAAUGAUCCUGGAAAAGGGUAUUUAUCCCAGUACCAUAAAUUACAAAGGAGAAACUCCACUUCUUCUUGCAAUGCAUGAAGCUGCAAAACAGAGAUGCACAGACAUUGUUGAUCUUCUGACAAAUGAUGGAAAUGUGAACAUUAAGGGUGAAUAUUGAGUAACACCUUUAGGGCUUACGGCUGAAUGUGGUCACUGUAAUGUGCUGGAGCAUCUUAAUCAUAAAGGUGGAGAUGUCAAGACCUUAGCAGAUGAUUGUGCAUCAGUACUGUUUAAAACAGCUGGAGGACGUAGUCUAGGCUGCAUAGCUCUGCUUUUGGAAUAUGGAGGAAGUGGCAAUGUGCCUAAUGAGGCAGGACUGCUUCCCAUACACAAAGUGGCUUGUGAGGGGCAUUACCUUUUUGUUCACUGUUUUUUUGGGGCCAAGAAGUAUCUUAUUGUAGCCACAACCCAAACAGCUCACUCAGCUGUAGAUGGCCAGAACCAGUUUCUAGAGCUCGUCAUUGAAAAUGGUUUGGAUGUCAACACUCUCUUGACCGAACACGUAACUUCAGAUACUUACAAUGAAGGAAAGGUGGAUGGAAGGAAAACUGCACUUUACUGUGCUGUUUCUAACAGUGAGAUCCUUUGCACCAAAAUAUUGCUCAAAGCAGGAGCAAAUGCAAACAAAGAUCCUUUAAAAUGUGUUUGUGUGGCGGUGAGAGCUGGCAGCCAUGGAAUUGUAAAGCUACUCCUAUCUUAUGGAGCAGAUGUCAACUUAAUUUUGUUGCUUAAUGAUAUGCAUUUCCCCAGUGCUUGGUAUCCUUUGAAUGGUGACAUGAUGCUGAGGCUGUUGCUCAGCCAUGGAUAUAAUGUAGAGAUGUGUUUGGACUUCAUGUGUCAGGGUAUCUUUAGAAACUCUUCUGUGCGGGCAGCUCCAGAGCACGAACUGACUAUUUCCUCAAUAAAGGAUAAACUAUUCUGUGAGUUUAUUGCUGUUCCAUGAUUGAAGCAUUUAGCUGGAAAAGUGGUUUCUGUUUUUGUAGAUUACAUGGAUUAUGUUCCUCUAAGUAUGAGAAUUAAGUUUUUCAUAGAAACACAGGAAGAAUGA